AUAAUGAUGACAGAAGAUAAAUAAUACAUUAAAAUACCAAAACUAUUCUUAAUUUUUGUUAAAAAAAAUUGUAUUUACAUUUAAUUUAACCUGCAAUAGUGCUUUAAUUAAUCCUAGUAUUCUUCGCUAUAGAAGUAUUCCAACAAAGUUUAGUUUUAUAUAAUGCUCGGAGGAGUGAGAUUGCAAGUUACUUACACUCACGAAAAGACUUGUUUUGCUUAUUUAAGUUCUAAAUACAGCACCAAUAAUGAACAGGGUCAAAGCAUCCAAGUGAUCUUUAAAGACCGUCAGCUCCUGCUAUGGGUAGUUUACAGCAACAGCGUGUCAGAGGGGCACCUAGCCUGCAACCCGAUACAUGGCCGUCUGCUCGGCUUAGAUGAGGGGACAGAAGUGUUUGUGUCUCCGUACGGGGAUGUCAAGGUGCUGGACGAGCUGUAUAUAGAUACCGAUAGUCCUGAUGAUCAGGAGAUAUUGGAACACAAUGCAGAGCUACUCCAGCUCCGAAUCCUCGAUCAGCUCCGUCUGGUGGUGUCAGGCCAGAAAUGCGUCGUCUGGAUCUCCGUCUCGCUGCCCAUCAUCUUCACUCCCAAACAGACCGGCUUGCUGGUCAACCAGUCAAGGAUUAUCGUCAAAGUGGAUGCGUUUAAUACGCUUCACCACAAUUCGGCACCCGCGCAAAACACGCCAAAUAUAGCAAAAGAAAAAGAACACCGCUUCAAUAACAUAGGAAUCAUCAACCAAGGAAUGCUUCGACCUUACCUAAAUCCACCAAAGAGGUUAUACCUUCGAGCUCUACCCAUAGACAGUGAUAGGAAAAGAAACUUAAUACAUCCGUACACAGUAUUUAUGCACGAAGACUUAUUAGAAGCAAAAUAUAAAGAUAGUACCAUUAUUCUAGCGACAAUGAGAAAUAUUCCUUCAAUAAUUCAAGAUACAGAUGAUGAAGCUCACAAAGAAAUCAAUGAUCUAUGUGUUGAAAUUGUUCCUGUAAACAAUAUUGUCUUUAGAAGUCUAUGCCAUGAAGUAUACAACAGAUUUAUACCGACAGUGCUUAUACCAAAGUCCUUAAAUUCUAUUAUUAAUAUUGAAAAUGGAAUGAGAAUGUCUUUUACUAUAAUAGGAGAUAAUAUAGAACAGCCAGAUCAUGUAGAUAUAGUGACUUAUUCUGAACAGUCACUGAAAGAAGAUGAUAUAAUUGAGAAAUUUAAAAAAUGCGUCAUAGACAACACACAUUCAGGUAAAAAGUUUCUUAUCAAUCAUGAUAUGUUAAAGCAAAAUCUUCAAAUUUGCAAUGGAUUCCUACAAUUUAAACUAAAACCAGAGAGAUUAAAAUAUACAUUGCUCAAUUCCGAAUCUUUCCGGCAAUGUACUGUAUCAGCGAAAUGUCUUAGUGACACGGAUUUCGAGUUUCCUAAAAUCUCUUCGUCGAGUUUAGAGUAUGAUUGCAAGAAUUACUGUAGAGGUUUGAAGUCUAUUGAGGAUUUGGUACAGAAGGUUGUGUCGCAUCUGUUCUUUGAGAUACAUCGGGAGGCGACAUUUAAAGAUGUCUCGGAGAUAAAGAGCAAUGUGCUUGUUACUGGCCUCAACGGCACAGGAAAAUCCGCCCUCUGCCACAUAGUCCAAAAAGACCUUACCGUCUGGUCGCACAUACUCCACUGUCGAUCCUUACGAGGCCGAAAAGACAUUCCCGAGGCCUUAGGCCGCGCUAUACUUAUGUGCCAAGAGAGAAGCCCCUCAGUAUUGAUCUGUGAUGACAUUGAUAGUUUAGUGCCACCGAAUUUGGAAGGAUCUUCGCCGCAAGACAUUGCUUAUUAUCAGAGAUUGGCGGUAGUAAUAAAGCACUUGCUCCAAAGUUGCGCGGGCGUCGUUGUGCUGCUGACGGCGACCAGCGUGAACGAGCUGCACCCGACGCUGCGCCAGUUCGGGGGCAGGCCGCUGUUCACUGCGCACUUUACCACACCAGAGUUACAACAGGAGGAGAGAGUGGAACUCUUCAAACAUCUUAUCAACAAUAAGUUGCGGGAGCAAUUUUUAGUGGAAGAAGAUGAUUUCACAAGAUUGGGUGCCGCCACGGCCGGUUUUAGUAUACGGGAAAUCACUGACCAUCUGAAUAAGAAGAUAUUCCAAGCUGUUAAGAAAAAAAAAUCUCAUCCAUCCGAACCCAUGCCCCGGUUAGUGGAGAGCGCGAUUGAGUCAGAGGAGAAAAACAACGCGUUUGACAUCUGGGAAUCUGUAGGGGGAAUGGAGGGAGUUAAGCAGGAGCUCACUGAAUGCAUCUUCUGGCCUCUUAUGUACCCGGCCCUGUUUCCGUCCCAGUCAUGCGGGAUCCUCCUAUACGGAGCCCCGGGCACCGGCAAGUCGCACAUCGGCUCCAGCCUGGCGAGGCUCCACAACAUGAGCCUCGUCGUCGUGAAGGGGCCCGAGCUGCUCUCCAAAUACAUCGGCCAGAGCGAGAAGGCAGUCCGCGACGUGUUCGAUAAAGCGGACUUGAAACGGCCGUGCAUAUUGUUCUUCGAUGAGUUCGACAGUCUAGCACCUAAACGCGGCCACGACUCGACAGGCGUGACGGACCGCGUGGUGAACCAGCUGCUGGCGCGGCUCGACGGCGCCUCGGGCGGCGCGCGCGGCGCCGUGGUGGCCGCCACCAGCCGCCCCGACCUGCUCGACCCCGCCUUGCUGCGGCCCGGGAGACUACAGCGGCACAUAUACUGCGCUCCGCCUGACCGGAAUGACCGUUUUGAAGUGCUUAAAACGCUGAGCAAAAACGUAGUCCUCGAGGAAGACGUGGAUCUACAACAGUUGGCGGAGGUCACCGAGGGCUACUCACCGGCGGACCUCAAGAGUCUACUGGUCACAGCGCAACUUGGUAGUCUAGAGAAACAGCUGUUAAGCGGAGUAGAGAAAGACUUGCAAUCAGUGGUUGUGAGGAAGACAGACAUACAGAGCGCGCUAUUGGAGACCAAGCCUUCGCUUUCCAACGAGCAGAGGGUCUUCUACGACAUGAUAUAUAAAAGGUUCAGAGGCGAGAAACUGUCCGCAGACCAGAAACUGAUGUCGCGGCAACUGGAGAAGCAGAGAGUCACUUUAGCAUAGUCAAAGAUUAAUAAAUUGACAAUUUAAUUAUAUAUGGUCAAGCAAAUCUUGUCAGUAGAAAAAGGCGCGAAAUUCAACUUUUCUAUGAGACGAUAUCCCUUCGCGCCUACAUUUUCAAAUUUGUAGUAAAACUAACUAACUUUAAUUCAUGAUUGAAAUCGUACUGUGUUUGUUGUUUGUUGAGUUUGUAGUUUGUUGUUGUUGUAGAUUGCGCUGUAUGGCGCCACAUGUUUGUAACCCAAACAUAAAAAGUCUCAACAAUAAAAUUUUAAUUUUGGUUACAACUGUUACCACAUAACAGCCGCUACAUCAUCUGUCAAAAUCGUAGCCCGAAUGUAUCGUACAUAUAUCAUUUUAUAUAAUCAAUGAAUUUUUGGCUUAGAACAGUCACAUCUAAAAAUAUCGAUACGGACAAAAGUGGAAAGUAUAAAGUACUGUAUAUUUUACCAUAUGUUUGUCCGUACAUAUCGAUAUUUUUAGACUCUGUACCUACUCUAGCUUUUUCCUACCCAUUAAGAAUGAGCUCUUGUUCGUACCUUGUCACAGUGACAAUAGUAUGAGGUCCCUAGCGACUUUCAUAUUGAUUGUCUCUGUGACAAGAUUCGAAAUGGCACUGAAAUUAAAUUCUUCGACUGUACGCAAGCAAGAGAAAAAAGGAAGUUUCUUGAAGCUCAAAUUUUAGCAAUAUAGUUUAAUGUUGUGUUUAGUUAAAUCGCUAUUUUAUCUGUGGUGCAAAGUCUAGUCUGUAAGCGAAGUUAUUUAAGCGCAAAGUUUGUUAUAGGUGAUUUGUAUAUAUUGCAGUUAUUUUUUUAUUUGAAUUAAUUAUUGUUGAAUAAAAUAUAACAAUUGGGAUUUUAAA